UAUCAGAGCGUCCAAUCAGAUCCCGCCUGCUGGUAAAGUUCAGUCGCGUUGUACAGGAACACUUUGGCACCGCGAGUCAGGGCGUGACGUAGCAGCUCCAGCCAUGGGGGAGUUCCACGACAAGAAGGCCGCUUUCGCCCUGCAUAACACUGAGAGCAAAGUCGUCGUCUGCAUUGCUGGUGUGUACUUCGUAUUGUUGUAUCCUCUCGGAUUGCUGUGGACUCACUUGUCUUCGUGCAGCCUGGUAUGUGAUCAGCCUCGUGACGCUGUGGACUAACCGCUACGUGGUGGCCAAGCUGCGUGUGGACUCCAAUUUGCUGUCGCUCGCGCAGCUAGGUAUGUCUGUCGUGGGUGGCCUGGGCUCUGAGCUCUACCUCGUUGGCUGGACCGUAUGCAAACGUAGCAUGCGCAAGGUGCUAGACGACGGACUCAAGGACAUGGUGCUGCUCGCUGGAGUGCGCAUCCUCACUGUUUUGCUGGGACUUACGGCGCUUAAAUACAUCGCUGUCUCCUUCACACAAACGAUCAAGUCCUCGGCGCCAUUCUUCACGGUCGUAUUGACUUACUUGUUGCUGGGACAGCGCACGGGAUGGAGGGUGAAUUUUUCGCUUAUUCCUAUCGUCUCGGGCCUCAUUUUCUGCAGCUUGUCGGACAGUUCCUUCCACGUCAUCGGAUUCAUUGCAGCGCUCAUGUCCAACUGUGUUGAUUGCAUCCAGAACGUAUUGACCAAGAGACUACUGAACCGCUCUUACUCAACCUCGCAACUGCAGCUGUACACUAGCAUUAUCGCCGUGGCCAUGCAGCUCAUGUUCAUCGCCUACAACUGGAUGGCGACGCCACCUGAUCCGGCUCUGGAAGCUAAGAAGACAGAUCGCUCGACGACGUACGUCUUCCUGGUGCUCGUUUUGGACGGCAUGUGCUUCUACAUCCAGAGUGCGCUUGCGUACAUGCUAAUGAGUCUGGUGUCGCCGGUAACACACAGUGUAGCCAACUGCGUGAAGCGCGCUCUGAUCAUCGUACUGUCCAUUUAUCGCUAUGGAGAGGAUGUGACGCCGCUCAACUGGUGCGGAAUGGUACUCGUAAUCUUCGGUGUGUACGUCUUCAAUGCUGCCUCGAGGAUCGAGCGCGAGCAGGCCAUCAAGGGCCCGAUCAUUGCGCCUGCCAAGUCAACUUUCGUUCAGACGAGCACAAUCAACAAUUUGUCCGAGAUCCGAAUUGAGAAGGGGAGAUGAAGAUCUCCAUUAAACAUUGAGGACACAACUAAAGUGUCCAUGUACAGAAGACACUCUUUAGAUUGACAACGUAUCGUUUUUAUAAAGAUUUCAUUGGUCGAUAUUUGAAACCUUUUCAACCAA